UGAUAUUAAGACUUGUAACAAUACAAAACCUGUAACACAAUGUUACACAAUGUUACAAGACUUUCCUGGGCUACACUUAGACGGAUGUCUGGAAAACUCAUCAGAAAUAGAGAAGGUUUCGUCAGUGUUAAGUUGUGGCAGGAAAUUUCUAUCACAGAACUCUAACAUCUCUUAUAUCUUCAGUGGAGCUAAUCAGUCUUGUUAUUCGUGUGAGGCAAGUACUGCUACUGGUAUCAUAUUUAACAUAUCAAGUUAUCUGUUCUUGCCACGAACGAAGGUAUUGCAGAACUUCUCAUCUCUUGCACGAGUAAAUGUAAAAGGGUUACAAGUGGGCUCAGUGGUAUAUCUGCUAGUAGACUACAGUGCGGGUGAUUCGUUUACUUUGUACUUUCUCGUGAACUCUACCACCUACAACUUAAAAUUUCAAUCAAACGUUGACCCCACUGGAAGGUUAACUGCCGAUUUGUCCACAAAAAUCAACUCGGUGUGGAAUCCUCAGCACAGUUUUCUGACCAUGAACACUUACGUCAUCAAUCGAACGGUCAGCCACUACAUUCUAGUGAGAGAUGACAAGUUUUUAAUUUACACUGCUGGCAAGUUUUGUUGCGAAUACAAACAUCUGGUGUCUACGUCAUUGACAACGGGAAUGACACUGUGGGCCUCGAUGCACGUAGUUACAUUUAGUUUUUAG